CCCCCUCUCUCUCUCUCUUCACCCCCCCCACACACACACACACCUACCUGUUUGUUGCCUUGUUUUUUCAACCUUAGCUUUUCUAUCCCUUACCUAAAUCCCCAGAGAGAGAAAGUUGAAGUUGGUGUAAUCAUCAUCAUCAAUGGUGAAGCUUGUAGUUGAAGUCCUGGAUGCCAAUGAUCUGAUGCCUAAAGAUGGGCAUGGCAACGCCAGCCCUUUUGUGGAAGUAGUGUUUGAAGAGCAGCGCCAAAGAACUUCAACCAAGUCUAAAGAUCUGAACCCUUGUUGGAAUGAAAAACUUGCUUUCAAUAUCCAGAAUCCCAGAGAUUUUCCAAAUAAAACAAUUGAGGUUUUGGUCUACAACGACAACAAUAAUGGACAGCACAAGAAUUUUCUUGGAAGGGUUAGGAUUUCUGGCAUGUCUGUUCCUCUCUCUGAGCACGAAGCCACUCUUCUUCGGUACCCUCUUGAUAAAAGAGGUCCCUUUUCUCGGGUCAAGGGUGAUAUUGCUUUGAGAGUAUAUGCUGUGCAUGGUGGUUUUGAUGAAUUCCAUUCUUUCGAUCCAGUCAAGCAAGUUUUGCACCAGGCCGAAGCUGUGGAGAACCACUAUAAUCAUAAUCAAAAUCAAAAUCAUCAUCAUCACAAAGGCCCAGAAACCACUUCUACUCCGCUGCAGGAGAUUAAUAAUACUAAUAAGUUUGAGGAUGAGUAUUACUACAAGGAAAACCACGAGAAAAACAUAAAGAAAAAGAAGGAAAAGGAGGUCAGAACUUUUUACUCUUUGGGGACUGGUUCAGGAGGUGGGGGCCCCCCUCCACCGCCUGCUGAAAAGCCAGUUUUCGUGGAGACUCGGAGCGAUUUUCACAAGGCCGGAGCAGCACCAGCAGCCACUAUGAUGCAAAUGCAAUUUCCGGGGCAGAAACCAGAGUACGGAGUGGUGGAGACUAGACCUCCUUUGGCUGCAAGAAUGGGUUAUUGGGGAAGGGACAAAACUGCGAGCACUUAUGAUUUGGUGGAGCAGAUGAAUUUUUUGUAUGUUAGUGUUGUCAAGGCUAAGGAUCUUCCUGUGAUGGACAUGACUGGAAGUCUGGAUCCCUAUGUGGAGGUGAAAGUUGGGAAUUACAAAGGGGUCACUAAGCAUUUGGAGAAGAACCAGUAUCCCGUUUGGAACAGCACUUUUGCGUUUUCAAAGGAGAGACUGCAGAGCAAUUUGAUCGAAAUUAGUGUCAAGGACAAGGAUUUUGGGAAGGAUGAUUUUGUGGGGAAAGUGUUGUUUGAUCUAGCAGAGGUGCCUCAACGCGUGCCUCCGGAUAGUCCUCUGGCUCCCCAGUGGUACAAAUUGGUGGACAAGAAAGGGGAUAAGUUCAAUCACGGUGAGGUCAUGCUUGCAGUUUGGAUGGGUACACAAGCUGAUGAAGCCUUUUCAGAGGCUUGGCACUCUGAUGCUCACAGCUUAAGCCAGCACAGCCUUGCAAAUACGAGAUCCAAAGUAUAUUUCUCCCCAAAACUUUAUUACCUUCGAGCCCAUAUCAUGUUAGCACAGGAUCUUGUCCCUUCGGACAAAGGACGACAGCCUGAUACAUUUGUGAAGGUGCAGCUGGGGCAUCAAAUCCGAGUCACUAGGCCUUCACCAAUGAAGCACGUCAAUCCAGAGUGGAAUGAGGAGCUUAUGUUUGUGGCUUCUGAGCCUUUUGACGAGUAUAUAAUCAUCAGUGUGGAGGACAGGAUUGGACCGGGCAAGGAUGAGGUGAUUGGAAGGAUCUUUAUACCGGUUAGAGAAGUUCCACAGAGAGUAGAAACUUCUAAGCUGCCAGAUGCCAGGUGGUUUGCUCUCCAAAAGCCAUCUAUGGCAGAGGAAGAAGGGGAUAAGAAGAAAGAGGCGAAAUUUGCUAGCAGAAUUCUCCUUCGACUCUGCAUAGAUUCAGGUUACCAUGUCCUCGACGAGUCCACCCAUUUCAGCAGCGAUCUUCAGCCAUCAUCCAAGCAUCUGAGAAAGCCCAGCAUUGGACUUCUUGAAGUUGGUAUCUUGAGUGCUAGAAAUCUGCUGCCGAUGAAGGGCAGAGAAGGUAGAAUGACAGAUGCUUAUUGCGUAGCAAAGUAUGGGAACAAAUGGGUCCGGACCAGAACGCUUCUAGACACCCUGCAUCCCCGUUGGAACGAGCAGUAUACUUGGGAAGUUCACGAUCCUUGUACAGUGAUAACAAUUGGUGUCUUUGACAACUGCCACAUCAAUGGGAAGGAUGAUGUGAAGGAUCAGAGGAUUGGCAAGGUUAGAAUUAGGCUCUCAACCUUGGAGACCGAUCGAAUUUACACCCAUUCAUAUCCAUUGCUGGUUCUUUCACCAUCUGGUUUGAAGAAGCACGGGGAGCUCCACUUAGCAAUACGUUUCACAUGCACAGCCUGGGUGAACAUGGUUGCACAGUAUAGCAGACCACUGCUCCCAAAGAUGCAUUAUGUUCAACCGAUAUCAGUUAGGCACAUUGAUUGGCUACGACACCAGGCAAUGCAGAUAGUGUCUGCAAAACUAAUACGGUCUGAGCCGCCACUUAGAAAGGAGAUAGUGGAGUACAUGUUGGAUGUGGAUUACCAUAUGUGGAGCCUUAGGAGGAGCAAAGCCAACUUCCACCGCAUAAUGUCCCUUCUUUCUGGGAUUUCAUAUGUCGCCAGAUGGUUCGGUGGCAUCUGUUACUGGAAAAAUCCUCUAACAACUAUCCUUGUCCACGUGCUGUUUCUGAUACUAGUAUGCUACCCAGAGCUGAUAUUGCCUACAAUAUUCCUCUACCUCUUUGUGAUUGGUUUGUGGAACUACAGGUUGAGGCCAAGGAUUCCUCCCCACAUGGAUGCUCGUCUUUCUCAAGCAGAGAACACUCAUCCAGAUGAACUAGACGAGGAAUUCGAUACGUUUCCAACGUCAAGACCAUCUGACAUUAUAAGGAUGAGGUACGAUAGGUUGAAAAGUGUUGCAGGAAGAGUUCAAACUGUGAUUGGAGAUUUGGCAACACAAGGAGAAAGGGCACUGUCUAUAUUGAGCUGGAGAGAUCCCAGGGCCACAGCCAUCUUUAUUAUAUUUUCAUUGAUCUGGGCUGUUUUUUUGUACGUUACUCCUUUCCAAGUUGUGGCGGUGCUGAUUGGGCUUUACGUGCUGCGCCAUCCUCGUUUCAGAAGCAAAAUGCCAUCAGUGCCUGUCAAUUUCUUCAAGAGAUUACCAGCAAGGUCAGACUCCCUUCUCUGAGAUUAUAUAAUAGCAGAAAUUUUUAUUUGGUAAAUAAAUUCAAUAAAGUAUGAAACAGUUGCCAAACGUGAAUUCGCUUCUCAGAGGCAUAGCACCUCCCCCUAUAUCUCCAGUUUAUGUAUUCAGAAUAAUAAUUUCCGUUCUCUAAUUUUUUGAUAAUAUUCAAUAUUUUAUUGAAAGAAGAA